UGGCGCUCACACCCUUCGCCGAAACGCAGGCCUUCACAUGCAAUUCUCAAGCUACAGUUGUGUAACGAUGGAGUGAGGGAACAGCGGCGAAAGCAUCUCUUAAUGUUUCCUUAUUAUUGAUCCGUAUCUGCGAAAAGCUCUCUGGAAUCACGGGGGAUGACUGAGGCCACGUGAGUUUGCUGUGUCUUGACAUGAACACGUGUGUGAAGCUCAGGACGAGUUAAAGCUAUUGCAAUUCUCUUGGAGAGUAAGACCUCAAAUCGUCUCCUUUGAAUCACCGCAACUCACAACUGAGUGUCGAAGAAAGAACAGCAACAAGUAAAAACUGAGCUGGAUUAACUGGACCUUGCACUGGAAGGACCCGGGUACGAGAGCAGGCCUGCUGUGACCUGUCCGACGCUGCCACCUGACACCGUUUCGCCCCACUGAGCUCCACGCUGCACUACGUGAUCAUGAGCAAGAUGCUCAUGGUGGAGGGAUACAGGGUCCUGCUGGGGCCAGAGAGGGACGCAUGGGCGGCGGAGGGAUACGUCAAGGAGUUCACGCGUCACUCAAGUGAUGUCCUCGUGAACCUGAAUGAGCUGCGGCACCGAGACAUCCUCACUGACACCACACUGCUGGUUGGCAGCGCCAGGCUUCGGGCACAUUGUGCCGUGCUCAUCGCCUGCAGUGGCUUCUUCUACUCUGCACUAGCGCGCCGCGUGCCAGGGGCGGAGCGAGGGGUAGUGCUGUCUCUGCCCCCCUGGCUAGACGCUGGCAGUGUGUCCCUGCUGCUGGAUUUCAUGUACACAGCCCGCCUGCCCCUCUCCCCCCACACGGCCAACGAGGUGCUCGCCGCCGCCACCUAUCUGCAGAUGGACCACGUUGCGGACGCGUGCCGGGACUUCAUGCUGCACAGUGAGAGGGCGCCAGCAAGCCCCCAGCAGAGGGAGCUGGUCUCCUCGUCUUCUGCUGUUCUGCGGACCCUUCCUGCUGAUGUCCAUCCCAGGGGCACCUCACUGGACAGUGGCAGCCCACCUCUGCACAGUGCCACCAUCUGUCCAGUAGGGGGAGCCAUGACACACAUGCGUUACACACUGGACAGAGUUCCCAAAGAGGUCACGGUGCCCCUACAGCCAGCCACUCCCAAAAGCCACGAGCUUGGGCUCAAGAAGCCAAAGCUAGAGGUGGAGCAGCCGACACUCGUGGGGUCGCCCCCUCGUCCCCCAGACACACCGUCGCAGUCGGGCUGCCAGCCCAACUCCCCCACCGAGUCGAGCAGCUGUAGCAAGUCCCUGCAUGCCAUGGAGGGCUCUCAGGUUAAACCCGCCCCGGACCCCAAGGCCUGCAACUGGAAGAAAUACAAGUUCAUCGUGCUCAACCCUCAGUGUGCAGCAGACGUGAAGAAGGAGCAGCCGGACGAGUGCAGGGGGCGGGGCCAAUGUGACCACACCCCCAGCAGCUCCACAAUGCACUCUAAUGGGGAGAUGCAAUCAGAGGCUGUGGACCUCAAAGACAGGCCAAGCUCAUGUCUACGGUGCCAAGGUUCUCAGCAGAACUGCCCCCAGCUGGCCUCUGCUUCAUGCCCCUCCAGCUCUGACCCAGAUCAUGCCCCCAGUCAGAUCUUUGGUGUGGAGAAAACCAAGGAGAAGCACCCAACAGACUGCGAGAGCUGCAGCUCCGGGACGCGUUGCGGGGGAGCCAAGCACGGCGGCACAGGUGAAAAGCCGUACCGCUGCGGCGUGUGCGGCGCGCAGUUCAACCGCCCCGCCAACCUGAAGACUCACACGCGCAUCCACUCCGGGGAGAAACCGUACCACUGCGACACCUGUGGGGCCAGGUUUGUCCAGGUGGCCCACCUGCGCGCCCACGUGCUGAUCCACACGGGGGAGAAGCCGUACCCGUGUCACACGUGCGGCACCCGCUUCCGCCACCUGCAGACGCUCAAGAGCCACCUGCGCAUCCACACCGGGGAGAAGCCGUACGCUUGCCACCAGUGUGACCUCCACUUUCGCCACAAGAGCCAGCUGCGCCUCCACCUGCGGCAGAAACACGGCGCCAUCACCAACAACAAGGUCCGCUACAAGGUUCUGGUGGACCCGUACCGCCCAGCGCUGCAGGCCUGCUGAGGCCCGUUCCCAGAUCCCUCACCUGCAAGCCUUUAGAAUGGCUUGGUUAACAUGCCACCAGCAACGGUGAAUGGAGCGCUCUGAUUGGAUGUUUCGCUGACCGAUUCCCUGGUCUUAGACUGUGCAGGUCAUAUUCUCUGAAUAUGAAUGUAUGAAUGCACAUAUGAAUUUAGACCAAACUGCACUGAUGCUGGAGGACACGUUGCGUGCGAGAAAAAGGUGAAGGAAUGUGGCUGACAAGGAAGGGUGUAAUGGUAGUAAUGGGGUGUGGUUAAGGAUCCACAUGGAGCAACGUGUUUCAGUUCCAGUGUUCAGUGUGUGUGAAUACUCUGUGAGCAUCACCUGGGGAGAGGAGCAGAGCUGCUCGCAGAGUGGGAAAGUGGAAAGCAGAAGGAUGUGAGGGAGGAAAUGGAAAGAUGGGAAAUAAAAUGAAGAGCUGUGCAAGUUCUCUGGUACGAGAGAGAGAGAGAGAGAGAGAGAGAGACACUGUUGAAGGUGUGAGGCGGCUGUGAUCCGGACUCAGCUCGAGGGGAGGGGCUUCACUUGUGUGACAUCAAGGCAUGGGCAGAGCCUGGCUGCUGACUUUUCCUUUGAACACUCAUUUGUAUUGUUUUUACGCUUGUCCAGUGCAGGACACAAUGGUCCAGAGUCACCAUUUCACCUGAAACACAUAUUUUUGGACAGUGGGAGGAAACCAGAGCACUUGCAGGAAACCCAGACAAGCAGGGGGAGAACACGUGAUCUCCAUACGCAGGAAUUGAACCCGCACCCAACUGCACAGCCAGGAGCUGUGGGGCACCAGUGUGACCUGCUGCACAAUCAUGCCACCUUUUUAGGGGUGGAUGUUGUAUUUCUCCCAGCUGUACGGAAACAUUGAUUGCUCCAGUAGGUGUGUGGGAUCUUGCCAGGACCUCUUCACUGUCAAAGACUCAAUGUCACUGCUGUACUUGGUCUCAACCCCUCUCAAAAGGCAAAUUCUCAAAGCUCUUGAAGCUCUUGAAGUUCUGCUUCUCGCUGCUUUGAGCUCAGUGUUGCGCUUUAGAGCCAGAAACGUGUCUGUAUGUUAAUACACACAACACCUGCUUUGAAAGCAGCACAGCAUGCUGUAAAAACUGACAAAGAUAAUAAUAACAAUGAUAAUAAUGAUUACAGGUGUAAUAUACUGAACUUUAAUGUGCUCUUUUGCUGGCCAAAGACAACAACUGUUAAAAUAGUGAAGGAUAUAUUGUGAUUUUUUUUCCCAAAUAAAUUCUGUGUGACUGCUUUCAUAUCUCAGGUGGUUUUUUUUGUCUCGAUGUUUAGGACACAAGUCCCAAGUCCCACCUUUAGCACAUGUCGAAUUCUGUCAUAAAUGGAAGCCUGUGGAGGAAAACACUGCAGAG